ACUCCUGACGUAGGCGGGAGCAAAGGGUAGCAACAGUUGCCUCGAGACCCCCGCGCUCGCGCACCAUAGCGACUGUAGUCGUGGAGACCGUUUCUUACCAACAGCGGAGAGCAACAGCAGCAGCAGCAGCAGCAGCGGAAACUGGAGCCGAAACACAAAGUGUGUGUGUGUGUGAGAUAGAGAGUGAAGAAAGAGAGGAAAAAGACAAGAAAACAACCAGGAACAAGGUGAACGGACAAGCUUUAAACACGCUUCAGCAACAGAGAGAAAGACUGAGCGAGUGAGCAAGUGAGAGAACAUCAUGCAGAACUCAGAGGGCGGUUCAGAGGCAGCGUCCACAGUGGCGCUACAGACAACCACUUCGGCCCAAGCACCUGUCGUUCAACCUGUACCUCCGUCACAACAGCGUGUGUUAGUCCAGGCCACAGGUUCGUCCCCUAAGCCACAGGUCCAGCAGCUGUCUAGAGUGCAACAGGUUCCUCAGCAGGUGCAGCAUGUACAGCACGUAUACCCCACCCAGGUGCAGUACGUUGAAGGAGGAGAGGCCGUCUACCCCAACGGCACCAUCCGUACAGCGUACACCUACAACCACGAUGCCCAGCUUUACGGUCAGGCCAGCGGCAACUCCUACUUUGACACUCAGGCAGGGGCGACGCAGGUCACCACGGUGGUCUCCUCGGCCAGCAGCGUGCCCUCUCACGGCAUGGUGGGCAUCGCCAUGGAUGUGGGCGGCAGCCAGGUCAUCUCCAGCAGCGGCGCUUAUCUCAUCCACGGGGGCAUGGAUGGCCGCCACCACACCACCCCGUCCUCCCGCUCUUCAUCUGCAAUGCUUGAAAUGGCGAUUGAAAACCUCCAAAAGUCUGAAGGGAUUGCUUCUCACAAGAGCAUCCUGCUCAACAGCCAUCUGCAGUGGCUGUUGGAUAACUAUGAGACGGCGGAAGGCGUGAGUCUGGCACGCUGCUCCCUUUAUAACCACUACCUGCGUCACUGCCAUGAGCAGAAGCUGGAUCCGGUCAACGCCGCUUCCUUUGGCAAACUCAUCCGCUCAGUGUUCAUGGGGCUGCGGACACGCCGCCUCGGUACCAGGGGAAAUUCAAAGUACCACUACUACGGUAUCCGCCUGAAGCCUGACUCUCCUCUCAACCAACUGCAAGACGACACUCAGUACAUGGCCAUGAGACAGCAGCCCAUCCACCAGAAACAGAGGUUCAAGCCGCUGCAGAAGAUGGGUGGGAUGGGUGAUUGCAUUUCCUUCGGUUCUCAGCACUCCAGCAGCACACCGGAGCAGAGCGUGGCCGCUCAGAGCCAACACCACCAACAGUACAUCGACGUGUCCCACGCCCUGCCCCCGUUUCCCUCUCUCGAUCUGGACUCCUGUCCGCUGCCGGAGCGUAUCACCAUGAAUGACGUGAAGAAGCUGCAGAGUAUCUACAGAGACCACUGUGAGGCCACUCUAGACGUGGUGAUGAAUCUGCAGUUUCACUUCAUUGAGAAGCUGUGGCAGACCUUCUGGUAUUCAGCACUGCCAUCUAGUGACGGCGCCACCACCAUCCCCAGCAGUGAUGAGGAAAUCGAAGGCGUGAUCCCGAGGGAGAAGCUGAUCGCGAUGUGUAAGUUCGAGCCAGUGAAGCAGUGGAUGAGGAGCUGUGAUCACAUCCUGUACCAGGCCCUGGUGGAGAUCCUCAUCCCCGACGUCCUGCGACCCGUUCCCAGUACUCUCACUCAGGCUAUUAGAAACUUUGCUAAGAGCCUAGAGGGCUGGUUGACUUCAGCCAUGAGUAACUUCCCCCAGGAGAUCGUCCGCACCAAGGCUGCAGUGGUGAGUGCGUUUGCGCAGACGCUGCGCAGGUACACCUCUCUGAACCACCUGGCGCAGGCGGCUCGGGCUGUGCUGCAGAACACAUCUCAGAUCAACCAGAUGCUCAGUGACCUCAACCGCGUCGACUUCGCCAACGUGCAGGAGCAGGCAUCCUGGGUUUGUCAGUGUGACGAGAGUGUAGUACAACGUCUGGAGCAGGAUUUUAAGAUGACCCUGCAGCAGCAGAGUUCUCUGGACCAGUGGGCAGCAUGGCUGGACAGUGUGGUGAGUCAGGUGCUGAAACCGCACGAGGGCAGUCCCAGCUUCCCCCGUGCCGCACGCCAGUUCCUCCUCAAGUGGUCCUUCUACAGCUCCAUGGUGAUCAGAGACCUGACCCUGCGCAGCGCGGCGAGUUUCGGCUCCUUCCAUCUGAUCCGCCUGCUGUAUGACGAGUAUAUGUUCUACCUGGUGGAGCACCGCGUCGCUCAGGCAACCGGAGAAACCCCCAUCGCUGUCAUGGGAGAGUUCAGUGACCUCAGCUCGAUGAUGCCGUCCCUCAUCGACAAAGAUCCGUCAUUCUCAGAUGACAUGAGUGACCUGGGCACUGACGCAGACGUGUCCCGGGGGACGUGUGAACCCGCCGUGAAGAGAGAGAGAAUUGAGAUUAACCACACUCUGCAGGAGAUCUGAAGUCAGUCCAGUGUGUGUGUGUGUGUGUGUGCGCGCGCGCGUGUGUUUAUAUGAGCAAACACCAGGAUCCACCAUUCUGCUAGUGCGAGUUGAUGUAACACUGUCUGGAUUCGUUUUGUUUGUGAGUAACUAAUGCAGUCUAGAGGCUUAGUUUGUGCUUGAGGUUUGUUUUCUUUCUGCUUUCUUUUUUUUCCUCCUCUUCCUCCUUCCUAUUCUUCUUCUUUUUCUCUCUUUCUUGCCUCUGUGUGUGUGUGUGUGUGUGUGGUGUGUUUAAUUUGUGCCAUAGUGUCCUUUCAGUGCCUUAGAUGAGAGCAGAAACCCCUCGAGCACGCCGUGCCUGUCCUGCGGUACGACCGUAUCGUCUCUCGAGCACCUUCAGAACAGAUCCCCGUAGCGUCGACCGCGAUCGCUCAGGAUCCACGCAAAAAACAAACGCUCGAUCACUCGCCUAUCAGCACCCCAAGGAAAAAAAACCAGUCUUUUGAGACGAGCCAUCGAUACCUCAGCUGUUUUUAUGCUGCGCUGUGUGUUUGUGUAAAGAGGUUCGACAGUCUGAAAGCUUGUCUGCUUUAUGAGACCGCGAUCAGCGCUGCUAGCAAGCGGCCGUUCGUUUUCUACGUUAAAUGCACGACCCCAAAGCCGGGAUUUCAGUGACGUGAAUCAACAUUUUCUCAAUUUUAUGUGAGUUAGUUACACAACAAAUGCAAACGAUCGUCUGGACAGAUUCCUCGGACCGAUCCUGUGGCGCCGGAGUAAACGCCUAUGAAUUAAAUGUGUAUAGAGACAUUAGGAAGAAAAAUAAAUAAAGCUCGGAAAAAAGGAAGGGAUCGUCUCGGAGGUCAUCUCUGACUCUGUCCUGGGUGUGGGUGUGGGUGUGUAAACGCUAAACCCCUAGUCAGCUUGCUUUGCUAACCUGUUUGCUAAUCAAAGAUCAAACGUUAGCAAGAAAAACGUCUCAGCAAGUGACCUACAAAUCAACCAACCAUUAUGCACACAUUUAAUUUGCAUGUAAGGAGUUAGAUUUAGCGAACACUGUUUCUUAAAAGAACUAGGGGGAAAAAAGUUUAGCAGGCUCCGCCCACAAUGUAGCUGUAUUUCUACACACCAAGAUACGAACUACAACCGAACGAGAGAAUCGUCGCCUGCUAGUCAGUAUGCAGGGUCAAAACUCUGUGUUCCAGUGUUUUGGGGUUUUGUAGGAUUUAAGAGACAGGAUGGAUGGAUGGAUGUGUUGAUAGAUGGAUGGGUGUGUUGAAGGGAUGUGUGGAAGGAUGGAUUGAAGGGAUGGAUGAAUGGAUGUGUGGAAGGAUGGAUUGAAUGGACCGAUGGAUGGAUGGAAAUGGUCAUGUUGAUGUAUAACUGAAUGUCAGUGUGAUCUGGCUGGUUUGUUCUGAACACUGCCUCUUUUUCUCUCUCUCUCUCUCUCUCUCUCUCUCUCUCUCACAUGCCUAGGAUGUUAAAGCUUUCACAUAACCUGUACAUUUGAUUGAUUUUAAUAGAUUCAAUUUAAAAAAUUGUAAAGAUUUGAGAUGGACUGAUUGUUUACUGUAUGAUAUGAAUACUCAAGAUUUCUAGCUAUUUUAUAAAAUCUUUCCUUCACCUUUAACCUGAGAUAUGCACACACACACACACACACACACACACACACACACACACACGUCACCUCGGUGCUGGAUAUUCCCCCCCCUUGUGCUUUUUCUUUCUCGUCUUAUCUACUUAAAAGGUAUCUAUUUAUAUAAAAGCGCCCGAUGUUUGUUUUUCUUUCUUUCCUGUUUGAUAUUCCGUUCAGCUGAAAAGUUUUAGAAAUGGUUCGGCUCCCGGUUCGACGCUCGCCUCGCGUGUUUACAGAUGCAGUAUCAAUUAUUUCUUCUCCCUUUCCCUCCUCAAUUUGUACACCUCUCUCUUUUCCUGGGACGUGAUUUGUCGUCUCCGUGGCCUUUCUCUCUCCCUCUAUUAUUGGUUUCUGACCGCUUUUUGAGGAUGUCGGUGCGUUUAAGGAAAUUUGUGUAACUUGGUAAUAGAUUUUUUUUUUUAUUGCUGUUUUAGAUGGAUUAUUUUUUAUUUUUCUGGGAGUAGAUACGAUUCUUCU